ACUCGUGUGUGGGAGGGAGUCCUAUGAUAACAGCUCUUAGAAACCGGUUGAUGUUUCAAACGUCGUAGAUAGCGAAGUAUGUAACGAGCGAGUUACGGCUUAUAUUUCCGCAAAUGUAUGGUAUUGGAGGUUAGCAAGUUCAUAACGGCUUUGAUUAUUGGUAAAAUAUUUGGUUCCGUUUACAAUAUAUAGACAUCCAAGAUGGUUGCUGGCUAUGUUCAAGGUGUUUUGAAUGCGUCUCCUUUCUCACUGAUUAUUACUGUGGUAGCUGUCUUAUUAGCUUUCAUCUACUACGUCACAAGAGACAGAGGGUUGCCACCAGGUCCCACCGGACUGCCUAUAUUCGGCAUUUAUCCAUUUAUGAAUAACCAAAAUUUGCAUUUGCAGUUGGAUAAGUACGUACAGAAGUACGGAGACGUCUCCAGCUUCAGAGUGGCUGGUACGCUGUUUAUCAACUUGGGAAGCCUGAAAGCCAUGCGUGAAGCCCACGUUACUAAUUCGGACCACUUUAGCGGCAGAUCCACCGAUUUCAAUCCAAUGACUAUUCUCUUUCAUGAGGGCAUUCUUUUUAGCAAUGGGGAAGUUUGGAAAACUCUUCGCAAAUUUUUCCUUAGUGCCUUCAAAGAUAUUGGGUUGAAAUCCAUGCAAGAUAACGUGACAGGACCUGUGUAUGAUACUAUUGAUUCCACCAUGAAAGACCUACGUAGCCUAAAUGGUGAACCUGUGGAUAUUGUUGAGAUGGUGAAUACCAAAUUGAUGGACACAGCGCGUUGCACGUUCUUCGGAGAGGAUGGCAUCACCGUGGAGCAGUUUCGUAAAUUUAUUGAAGGUUACAUAGCUGCGGUCGAAGGCUUGCUUACACCUAAUGUGUUUCUUUUUGGAAAUAUAGCAAAGUAUUUCAUCAUCCCUUUCAAAUCCGCUUGUCAGGGAUACAUUGCUGGGAAAAAUCAAGUGGAAGCCAUCUUGUUGGAAGUAAUAGACCAGCACGAGAACACCCUGGAGGAAAAUCACAACCGAAACAUAAUCGAUGCCUAUCUGAAAGAACGAAACGAGCGACGGCGAAAGGGCGAUCCCACUGCUGAAUAUUUUACAAAAAAGGCUUUGGCUGCCUCAGUUGCCCAGUUUGCUGGAGAUGGUCAUCAAGCUAUUGUAGUUUUCGUUGGAAGAUUGUUUCUUGCAUUGGUACAACAUCCAGAAGUACAAGAAAAGAUAUACGAGGAACUGCUGGAAGUCGUUGGCCCAGACAGGAAUCCAGGCUUAGAAGAUAAAAGCAAUUUACCUUAUGCGAACGCAUUCAUGAACGAACUCUCAAGAACAACUGAAUUAUUCCCCUUCUUUCCCAGUCUUUUAUGCACAAAGGAAGUAAAUUUGAGGGGCUAUCGAAUUCCCAAGGGAUCCAUAACUGUCACAAAUUUCUACUCAGCUCACCAUGAUCCAGAAAUAUUCGAAGACCCAUUCAAGUUCGAUCCAUCAAGAUACUUAACCUCAUCAGGAAAGCCCAGAGCAGAACUUCCACUAACCUUCGGAAUAGGUAAACGUUCAUGUAUAGGAGAAACAUACAGUGUGACUCUAGUUUUCCUUUAUAUGAUAAAUAUAGUGAAAAAUUUUCGUUUGUCUUUCCCUAAAGAAGACGACUAUUCUGCAUCUGGAUACGAAAUGAAGUUAAAGAUAAUCGCAACUCCAAGAUAAUAAUGAUAAUAAUAAUAAAAUGCCAAUUCCAGCAAGGAAAUUCGCGAACGAAACAAUUUUACUUUAUUGUACUUUAAACAUUUAUUUUUAAGCUUGCAUUAAUUGCUGCGCAUGUGUACACUAGUAAAUUUCUGAUUUUCAUGAAUUAUUUUUAUUGAAAAUGUACUUUCGUUUGAAUUUGUAUUGUACUUUAUGCAUUGAUUGUUAUGCUUGCAUAAAUUCCUACGCAUGUAUAUACUAAUAAAGUUUUGACUUUCUUCAUUUAUUUUAUUCAAAA